CAGCAAGGGCCCUGGAAACAAAAGUGAAACUUAGCGCCCCAGACAAGCAGGGACAAGUCUGCCAAGGAGGCUGUGGCCAGAAGCACAGAUCAGAAACGUGAUGUCUCUGCUAGCAGCCGAAACAUUCAGCUUACAGUUUGACAACCGGCGGCGGCGGCGUGGAAAGAAAGGGCCUUCCUACCCCAGGAGGGCAUACUUGUGUUACCAGCUGACGCCGCAGAAUGGCUCCACGCCUACCAGAGGCUACUUUGAAAACGAGAAAAAUCGCCAUGCAGAAAUUUGCUUUAUUGACGAGAUUGAGUCCAUGGGACUGGACAAAACCCAGUGCUACGAAGUCACCUGUUACCUCACGUGGAGCCCCUGUCCCUCCUGUGCCCAGAAGCUGGUUGCCUUCGCCAAGGCUCAAGACCAUCUGAACCUGCGCAUCUUCGCCUCCCGCCUGUACUACCACUGGCGCCGGCGCUACAAGGAGGGGCUGCAGCUUCUGUGGAAAUCCCAGAUCCCCGUGGAGGUCAUGGGCCUCCCAGGUAGGAAGGAGGCUUUGCAGUUCCAAGAGGCCAAAACCGCGGGGUGGGGGUGGAGGUGGGGGGGAAUCUGUGGGAGGUCAGGAAGGAAGGAUUGUGGCCCAGUUGAGGCCCAAGAUCCGACGCCACCCAGGAGGGAGAAUUCCCCUGAGAGAGCACUGUCCAGGGAGAGGAAGAGAGGAGAGGGGAAAGGAAGGAGGAGCUCCUGGCGCUGCAGCUGCUGCCCCACCUGGCUGCUUUCUCCUCUUUCAUCUCAGAGUUUACUGACUGCUGGGAAAACUUUGUGGAUCACGGGAAACCGCCUCCCUUCAACCCCUCUAAGAAGUUACAGGAGUUAGGUGAAGCAAGUCGAUCCAUAAAGAGACGGCUGGAGAAGAUAAAGCAGUCCCCGUUUGUGGAUUUAGAGUCUGGCUUGAGAAGUUUGCAGCUUGGACCCGGAUCCCCCUCAUCAUCAAGAAGCAACUUGAGAUGACUGUCCCUGGGGCAUGUCAUCGGGUCAUCGCCUGCUGGCCCUGUGAGCAAGCACCAAGCUCCACAGUGCCUGUUCCUUGCCCCAGACCUGGCCUUACCCAAGUACAGAAGAGCUUUCUUUCCUCCUUCUUCCAUUUUGCUUUUCUAAGCGGGUGAAUAAUUUUAUAAUUGAAAAAAAUAAAGAUAAUUUUAAAGUCUGUAAAUCUG